GCCCAAUACGUCAUUAAAUAGUUAGGAAUUUUUAAACAUUGGUUUAGAGCUAAGCUAAGCGCAGUCAAGUUGCACCGCGUUGGUUCCCUCGUCGCCAUUUGCUUCAAAUCGCCGUCGCUUUCAUCAAGAUCUUCCUCAACACCUCCAAGAAAACCGACCAACCGGCGAUCGAUAUGGGCGGAGCUCAGGCCAUCAAACGGAUCCCCCGCAUCAAGUUCCCUAAACGACAUCCCAGCUCCUCUGGUUCUACUUCCAAGACUCCAUCAAGCAAUGGAGGGGAUGAUCAUAUUUUCUUCUCCUCUUUAGAAAAAGAUGCCUCCAAAACUGUUGGAGGAAAAGCCUCUCUUCAGCCUAAAAGGAUACCCUUGUCCAAUGAGGAGAUUGAGGCUAUUUUGUUGGGUGGCUGCAUCUGAUGAGCUUUGAGAGUGAAUGAUACAUACUAUGGUUGUGGUUAUUCUUUUCUUCCUUCUCAAGUUAUAAGUUUUCAUUUUUGUACUUCGAAUCAUAUCAUGUCAUUACAUUUUGGACUUUCUAUAUGUUAAAGUAAUGCUUGAUUUAAAUAUUCUUUAAUAAGAGGAAACUUUAUACAUCUCAUUCAAGUCAAAUGCCAGCUUUGAAGACUCAA